CUUCAUCUUUUGAACCAUAAGGUCCCUUCUAGGCUCUUAUGUUAUUAAUUUUCUUGGGAGGAGAAAUAGACGAAGACGAUAUGAAAGGCGGAUUCAGGAUUUAAACGUUAAUGGAAUUGUUAGUACAUAUACGGAGUUUAAGCUUUAGCUACUGGAUUUAGAUGAACUCGAUCCACCCAACUAUGUAUUCGUAAGUACUCAUUAUGUUAUUGGAGGGUAGACGUCAAGAGCGGAGCCAAGUAGGGGUCGCUAGUUAAAGAUCCGAAUCGUAAUAACAUGGGAGUACCAGAAUCAGAGAUGGUGUCUCAAAGUGAGGUUCAAUCACCAUUGCAACAAGACCAAAACCAGCACAAGAACAACCCAUUCCCGUCACUCGGUCGACAAGCGUCGAUUUACUCGCUCACGCUUGACGAAUUCCAACACACUGUUUGCGAGAGUGGGAAGAAUUUUGGGUCGAUGAACAUGGAUGAAUUUCUUAACAGCAUUUGGACUGCUGAAGAAAAUCAAGCCCACGCGCACGCUCAGCCUCACUGCCAGGCUGCAAGUACUGGGGAAGCAACUAGCGCCCCACGUUUUGCGUUAGGACAGGGAAAUGUUUCGUUGGAGAAAGCUAUUGUCGAGCAGCCAAGCUUGCCAAGACAGGGAUCGCUUACGCUUCCUGCACCGUUGUGUAGUAAAACUGUGGAUGAAGUUUGGUCAGAAAUCCAUAAGACCCAGCAAGAGCAGCAACAGAACAACGGGUGCAACAUACAGAACACCGGUAACGGAAGUUCCACUCAACGACAGGCUACGUUCGGUGAAAUGACGCUCGAAGAUUUCUUGGUUAAAGCAGGGGUCGUACGCGAACAGGGCAAUUCAGCUCCCGCACCUCCUCAGCAGCAAUCAUAUAUGAUGUAUCCAAACAGUGCAAAUCCCACUAUGGCCGCCAUGGCUCGGCCUGUUAUCGGCCUCGGUGGAGUCACAGGCGGUGUUGGCGUCGGUGUCUCCAUUCCCGGUUAUCCGCCACUUCCACAAACCGGGGUGGUCGAGGCACCUGUGUACCCUAUGAGCAUGAAAAGAGGCAGUGGAUUCCCACAACAGUCAACCCCCGUCUACGGUGGUAGAAUGGGAAACGGUAGCGGGGUUGGCUACGGGCAAGUAGUGCAAGGCGUAGCCGGAAUGGGGUCGCCACUAAGUCCCGUGUCGUCGGAUGCACUAUGCGUAAAUCAAAUCGAUAGCGGGGGCCAAUACGGGUUGGAAAUAGGAAUGAGAGGCGGGCGAAAACGUGUACUAGACGGUCCAGUAGAGAAAGUUGUUGAAAGGAGGCAAAGGAGGAUGAUCAAGAACAGAGAAUCCGCAGCAAGAUCACGAGCAAGGAAACAGGCUUAUACUGUUGAACUUGAGGCAGAAUUGAAUCAGCUAAAAGAAGAAAAUGCACAUCUAAAACAGGCCCUGGCGGAGCUCGAGAGGAAAAGGAAACAACAGUACUUUGAUGAAGCGAAAAUGAAAGCUCAAACGAAGGCGCAAAAGGCGAAUGGCAAAUUAAGAGGGAUGAGAAGGAGCUUGAGUUGCCCUUGAAUAACAAAUUAUACAAAAAAACACAAAAAAUGGUUCUUGCUUUCCUGCUGCUGAUGGAAAUCGUUCAACGCGAUCCGGAUGUUGCUCUUGACCAGGUAAAAUUAUACAGGUAUAAUCGAGAAGGCGGAAAGCUAAGAAAACAAAUGUGCAUUUGCGCUUUUGAAGCGCAAAUGUUUUUUUCAAAUAUAUAUGUAGUAGCAGUAGCAGUUAUAGUAUUGAGUGAGUUAAAAAGUUUUAUUUUUUAUUUUUCGAGCUA